AUGGCGCAAGAAACGGCUGCCACGGGUGGAAACAAACGAUCGCGAGACGAAACCGACACGCUGUCGCCGCCCAACGCCGACCUCGAGCUGAAGCGCCGGAAAUUCGAGGACGCCGCAGCCCCCGACGGCCCCAGCCCGGGCAAUCGUCUGGCCAGUAUCGCGUCUGCCCUGUCGGGGGUCUUUGGAUACAACCGAUCGACUCCUGAUCCCAGCCAGGAAAACAUUCCUCCUGGUGAUGAAGAGAGCAAGCCUUCAAGACCACUACCACCACCACCACCACAAGCUCCAGUCACGGCAGCGCCGCCGCCGCCGCCGCCCGUGAAUGCUGCUCCGGUAGUCCCCAUGUCGACGCAGACCCGCGUCGCGGCCGUUCCUCCAUCCCGCAUCGAGAUCCGAAUUCCCACCUCAAGGCCCGCGAUAAAGUUAAAGGCGCUGAAAGGAACGAAGUGGGACACGGGCGAGGACAAGCCGUCGCCGCGGGGGAAGGCGGCUGCGAGCAAGCCGCCGCCCGCGAGAAAACCUGCGGCCAAGCCAAGGGGCCGAAAGAAGGCAGCGGCUGCUGCUGCGCCAGCUCCUGUAGCUGGACCCGCGCCAGCGCCUGUUAGGAGCCUCGAGAAUAGUGCCGAUGUGCCUCAAGCUGCAACGAAUGGCACUGCAACGAGCGGCAUAGCGAAUGGCACAGCGGCGACUGACAUCGCAAUGAACGACAUCGCAACAAAUGGCACUGCAACGGAUGGCCCCGAGCCCGAGCUGGCUGUUGUUAGAGAUGCCUCAAUUCCGGCAGCAAUCGACACACCCACGAAGAAUCGACUAUUCUCUCCCGUUGCUGCUAAUGUGCCAAAGAGCAUUCUCACUCCUACUAAGAAAAGAGGUCCGCGGCCGAGCAAAAACGUCAAAUUUGAUGGCAAUGGCCUGUUCGAUCACAUCCCACGAAGUACUAGCGCCAGAAAGCCUGGAAGACCAAAAAAGCUCGAUGCACCUGUUGAUGAAAUUACUUGCGGCAUCUGCGCAAAACCUCAUUCAAAACCCCCAAACGAAAUUAUACUAUGCGACAACUGCGACUUUGCAGUACAUCAGGAAUGUUACGGAAUACCAGAGAUUCCGGAGGGUGAUUGGCUAUGCAAGUCAUGUACACAGGAGGAUGUACUGAAACUUCCCAAAGCUGAACCGGGACUUACUCCUGUACCAGCUCCCCUGACUGUCGAGGUUCCUGAAAUUCCAAAUCUGGAUCGCCAUCUAGGCGCCAUGCAACGCGUGCUGCUGGAUCGCUGCGCCGGUCGCCGCCGCAUACGCAUGUUUGGCCAAGUUGAAGCGAGCGAAAAGGUUCGGCAGCUCGUCGAGCAGACAGUACUUGCAGGAGAAGGCAACUCCAUGCUGCUUAUUGGACCAAGAGGAAGCGGCAAGACUACGCUCGUUGAAAACACGAUUGCAGAUCUAUCGCAGGAACAUCGACAACAUUUCCAUGUUGUUCGCCUCAACGGCUUCAUACACACUGACGACAAACUUGCUCUCAGAGAAGUUUGGCGACAACUAGGCAAAGAGAUGCGAGUCGAAGACGACCUUCUCAACAGAUCGAAUUAUGCCGAUACGAUGGCAUCAUUACUUGCGCUACUCUCUCAUCCAUCUGAGAUUUUGGGCCAAGAUGCAGGUGUUACCUCGCAAGCCGUGGUGUUUGUCAUUGAUGAGUUUGACAUGUUUGCAACUCAUCCCCGCCAAACGCUUCUAUAUAACCUAUUCGAUAUUGCGCAAUCUCGCAAAGCCCCAAUUGCUGUGGUAGGGUGCACCACACGCAUGGAUGUGGUCGAGAUGUUGGAGAAGCGCGUCAAGAGUCGAUUUAGUCACAGAUACGUAUAUCUCUCCCUUGCCAAGACACUACCGGCGUACUGGCAAGUCUGUCGGCAGGGACUGAUGCUGGGCGAAGCCGAUGGAGGAAAAGAGGGACUUAAUGUUAGCCUGGAAGGCUAUACAGACUUUCAGAAAUACUGGAACCACAAGAUCGAGGACCUCUACAAGCACCGCCAAUUCCAAGACUUACUACAGUACCAUUAUUACACCACGAAAUCAGCGUCGGCAUUCUUCUCCGAGUGGAUUUUACCACUUUCAUAUCUGUCGCCGAAGGACUUGACUCUGCGCGUGCCUACAGUUGAGUCGGAGCUGACCUCGUUGGCACCUCCCGACUCUCGCAUGCAGCUGCUGAGCAGCUUAUCGGAGCUUGAUUUGAGUCUGCUCAUUGCUGCGGCAAGACUCGAUAUCGUGGCACAUACUGAUACGGUCAACUUCGCCAUGGCCUACGACGAAUACAGCUCGCUUGUGGGCAAACAGCGCGUACAGUCUGCGUCUUCUGGCCUCCUAGCUGUUGGUGGCAAUGUCCGCGUCUGGAGCCGCGGUGUUGCGAGUACUGCUUGGGAACGACUGGUUGGGCUUGGCCUGCUCGUUCCAUCGGGCAUGGGGGGCGGACGAACACUGGGCAGUGGAGGCUUAGACGGACGUAUGUGGAAGGUGGAUGUGUCGCUGGAGGAGAUUCCAGCUGGAGUGAAGCUCAGCGCCGUCAUGGCCAAAUGGUGUCGCGAGAUCUAG